AUGCCUUUCAGACCGUUCAGGCAGUCCCGACUCAAAUUUCCUAUUCGGGUCACUCGUCCUCAAUCUUCUGUCGCAAAAUCCCUUUCCUUAGAGGUUCCUAUAGAAGAGGAGCGUCUGCCCUUCUAUAAAUGGAAGGAUUACUAUCAUCCAAACCCGGGUGACGUAUUGAACAAACGGUAUAAGCUCAAGGUUAAGCUUGGAUGGGGAACUUCAUCCACUGUUUGGUUGGCACAAGACAUCGGCUUUUGUAAUCGGACAACAGGGCCCGAAUCUGUUGCCAUCAAAAUCAGUACGAACAACGUUGAAGACGAAGAUGCACACCACGAGCUUGAUAUCUCUACUCGUAUCGCUCGUACUAAUCCACAUCACGAGGGACGCUCCGCUUUACUGGUCGCAGACGACCAUUUUACCAUUGAUACCGCAAACGGAUCGCACGUUUGUCUUGUUUUUGAACCGAUGAGGGAGUCGAUUUGGCUUUUCAAAAGAGGGUUCAGCAAAGGCAACGAGCUCACACCAAGCAUUGUACCGCUUUUCAAAACAUAUCUUCGCAUAGUCUUAAGUGGUCUUGACUAUCUGCACUCGGAAUGCAAACUCAUCCAUACGGAUCUGAAACUGGACAAUAUCUUAAUGACCUUUGAGGACAGGCCAGCCAUUGACCGUUUCAUCCAGGCUCAAACCGAGAAUCCGAUGGCCCGAAAGGUCUUUACUGAUCAUACCGUGUAUCGCUCCCAGAGAAAUUUUGGAGACAUCAAGUGGCCAUCAGGUGUCAGAAAUAUGAUGCCAAAACUGGCAGAUUUUGGCGUUGCACAACGAGGAGACCAGCCGGGACGAUUGAUUUUCCCUAUACAGCCAAACCAUUGCCGUGCCCCUGAGGUUCUUCUUGGUGCUGGGUGGUCAUACAGCGCGGAUAUAUGGAAUUUCGGGAUCAUAGUAUGGGACCUUCUUGCGGGCACAGAACUGUUCCUGGAUCCCAAGAGGACUGGGAUAUCUUAUAGCGCUGCUCAUCACUUGGCCGAGAUGAUCGCUCUCCUCGGGCCCGCACCCGAGUCACUGAUUCAACGGGCGAGGUCCCUACGGCGUUGGAGAUGGCAUGAGGAAAUCCAAAAUCCCGAGGGUAAGCUUUGCAAGAAUGUAGCAGAAUUUUUCGGCGGACCCUUUUACUCUAGCGAUGCAGGCGAGUUCCUCCACGAUAGUCUAAUCCCUUCUCAGCGCGUAUGGGUAGAUGAGGUCCCGAAAUGCAUUCUAGAUGAAGAUAAAACCCGCUUCUUACGCUUCAUAAGGAGGAUGCUCUGCUGGGACCCGGAUGCUAGACCGACCGCGAAAGAGUUGGUCCACGACCCCUGGUUGGAUGUUAAAGUCCGCCCUGAUGAUUAGGCGGCGAACAGGCUAAUCUAGUUUCCGCUGUGAUUCUGGGAGGGCGUACAUUGCCCUCUGGAGCAUGAUAACAAUAAAAGUCCUCAGAUGUUUCCGUUUGGCAUGGGGAUAGUUCAAAUAUCAGGGGGCCGAACCUCUGGCCUAGGAAAUCAGCUAUAUGUUAUCUGAAGAGACUUUUCAUUCAGAAAAUCAAUCAAGCACUCCUCUCCUUCC